UCAGCACUACAAUGGCUAGGGCACUGGAAGACAGCAAACAGAAUGGUUACUAUUCAAGACGCUCAGACGAAGCGAGGUCGUUACUUAAUCUCUUACAAGCGUUGUUGGACUAUGCACAGCUUAGUCCUGGCGUAAGGCGUCGUUUUACUGCUGCGCUCAUCAAAUUAUCAACUAAGUCAGGAUGUUACCCGGACUGUUUAGUUCUGGAGGAUAUCAAGAAGCUUAGUGAAGAUCCUAUUGCCGCAGGCUCGUCUGGUGAAGUCUGGAAAGGCUCGUUCCGAGGUCAAGUAAUUGCGAUGAAAAUUCUGAAAGUAUAUGAACGAUUUGAUUUGGACGAAUUCUUGAAGCGCUGUUCAAAUGAGAUCACUAUAUGGCGUCAGUUGUCUCAUCCUAACUUGAUACCUUUCUAUGGGGUGUAUCAUCUGAAUGCCAAUAAAAAUCGUAUUUGUCUCAUCUCUCCGUGGAUGGAACAUGGAAGCAUAACGCGAUUCUUGAAGCAGUAUCCCAACAGCAGUCGAACAUCUCUGAUGUUGGAUAUAGCCCGGGGACUUGAGUAUCUGCACCGCAGACAACCUGGCAUUGUGCAUGGUGAUCUGAAAGGAGAAAAUAUAUUAAUCACCCCAUCUCUGCAUGCCUGUCUAACUGACUUCGGUGUGGCUAGCGCGAGAGGUACACACCUUCUCGGACUUACGACCGCACCGAGUAUGCGGGGCGGCGGGACACUGAGAUGGCAGGCUCCGGAAUUACUCAGUUUUGAGACUGAAGAUGUUCGAAAUAGCUUCUCCAGCGAUGUCUAUGCGUUUGGCUGUGUAGGAUAUGAGCAUUUAAUUGUUUCACAUCUGGCUUUCCAUUUCGUUCGGGUCUACUCCGGUGAAAUCCCCUUCCACGAGAUGAGAUCGGAAUAUCAAGUUAUCCAAGCCGUUACCAAAGGUGUCCGGCCUGCUCGACCGUUACCUGCUAUAUGCGAUGCUCGUCAUUUAGACGAUGAUAUGUGGAGAGUCAUUGGACAUUGCUGGGUCAGCGAUCCUCAUACCCGUCCCACAGUUUCUCAGAUUGUUGCAGCUCUCUGUCAGAGGCUCAGACUCGGCAUAGACUCCAAACUUCCCACCGAUAAUUGGGACUACUCGUUCAUGUCCAAAGUCUCUCGAACAGCAGAGCAUCCUUUCUCUUGUUCAUUUCUUCAAUAG